AUGACUUUAGCUCCUGCCUCAGAGCCCUACCAGCUGCCCGGUCCUCCCCAGAAGCCCGUUGUGACAGACGUGACCAAGAACAGUGUGACCUUAACCUGGCAACCCAACGCACAUGAGGGCGGGGCCGCGGUCACAUCUUACAUCAUCGAGGCCUUCAGACGUGAGUCCAACUGGACAAGGAGUGGACCACAGGCAGGUGCAGCGGGAGUUGGGGGAGGUGGCUGUGGAACUGCAGCAGCCGGUACUGUUGACUGCAUCCAGUGUACAGCUUGCUUGGACUAGCAGCCUGCAGUACCAAGUGGAGGCGGCGACUCGGAUCAAAACGUAAGUCUUGCAGAGCAGAUCACAGACGUGGUAAAGCAACCCGCCUUCAUCGCGGGCAUUGGCGGGGCAUGCUGGGUAAUCCUCAUGGGCUUCAGUGUGUGGAUAUACUGCCGACGCAAGAAGAGAAAGGAGCUGAGCCAUUACACUGCUUCGUUCGCAUACACACCCGCAGUUGGCUUUCCUCAUGGGGAGGCCUCAGGACUCAAUGGAAGGCCUGGAGUGCUCGGCUCUAACAUGGGGAACUACCCUUGGCUGGCUGAUUCCUGGCCCACCACAAACCUUGUUCAUAAUGGCAAAGACUCAGUCAACUGCUGUACCACCAAACAUGACACAACAGAGAGAUAUUACAAUGAGGUUGGAAUCUCCAACUAUCUGAACCAGACUGAGAAGUAUAGCACUGGUUCCAAUGAGGGUCCUAUCUACAGUACCAUCGACCCCACUGCCGAAGACCUGCGCAGCUUCUCAGCCCAGUAUUCUCAGCACACUACGCCUUACGCCAGCACUCCCAUCAUGCCUUUCACCAACCAGGCACCCUGCAGCCCUGAGCAGGAUGGAGGCCACUGGAUUAACCAACCAGGAACCUCUAAUGUGCAGUAUGCCCAGCCAGACCGGUCCAAAUCAGAUAAUGGUACAGAGAAUUAA